AUGCUCACCCGCUCCCUGUCGCGGAUGACGUCCAAGUCGUCGCUCUGGCGAUCCUGGACGUCGAACCCGGUCGCGGACUACGAGAACACCAUGGACAAGUAUCCCUGGCUGGCCAAAGACGCGACCCAACCGAGUGACUGCCACAAUCACACUUGCAUGCGGAGGACCGGACAGAUAUCGGCGUGGGAGCUCGACAUGGACUCGCUGCUGCAGACGCCGGAGGAAUCUCUGUACGGGCACGAGCAAAGGCAGCCGUACGAGCCGUCCGUUUCGUCGUCCGCCAGCGUGGCGUCGCAGGCGGCCGUGCUGGAGGACCCUAAUCUUGUCACAUGGACGGGCCCCGACGACCCCAUGAACCCGCACAACUGGCCCCGGUCGCGCAAGUGGUCCUCGACCCUCCUCGUGUCGUGCUUCACCUUCAUCUCCCCCAUCGCGUCGACCAUGCUUGCGCCCGCGCUGCCGACCAUGGCCGACGAGCUCGACACGUCCUCCGGCCUGGAGACGUACCUCCUCAUGUCCAUCUUCCUGCUGGCGUAUGCCGUGGGGCCCUUUGUCCUGGCGCCCCUGUCGGAGAUGUACGGCCGCGUCGUCGUCCUGCAGUCGGCCAACCUGGUGUUCCUGCUCUUCAACACGGUCUGCGGGUUCGCCACGACCAAGCAGCAGAUGCUCGCCUUUCGGUUCCUCAGUGGUCUGGGCGGUGCUGCCCCCCAAGCGCUGGGCGGCGGCGUGCUGAGCGACUGCUGGAAGGCCGAGGAGCGCGGGCGCGCCACCGCCGUGUACAGCCUGGCCCCCUUUCUCGGCCCAGCCAUCGGCCCUGUGGCGGCCGGCUACCUCGUCCAGCACGCAUCGUGGCGCUGGAUCUUCUGGACCGUGUCCAUUGCCGACGCGCUCGUGCAGGUCCUCGCCUUGCUCUUCCUGCCCGAGACGUACCGCCCCAAGAUCCUCGCCGUCAAGGCGCGCCGGCUGCGCAGGGCGACGGGCAACCCGGACCUGCACACCGAGUUUGACCGUCCGGACCGGUCGUUUGCGCGGCUCCUGGGCCAGAGCCUGGCGCGACCGCUCAUCAUGCUGGCGACGCAGCCGACGAUCCAGCUCACGGGGUUGUACCGGGCGUACCUGUACGGCCUGAUGUAUCUGGUCCUCGCCUCGUUCCCCAUGGUCUGGGAGCAGCAGUAUGGCCAGGCCCCCGGCCGCGCCAGCCUCAACUACCUCUCACUCGGCGUGGGCUUCGUCGUCGGGCUGCAGGUCUCGGGUCCCCUGAUCGACCGGGUGUACCGCGCGCUCAAGGCCAAGCACAACCACCCGGGCCGCCCCGAGUUCCGCGUGCCUCUCAUGUUCCCGACGGCCAUCAUCGCCCCGGGCGGGCUGCUCCUCUACGGCCUCGCGGCGCACCACCAGACACACUGGAUCGUGCCCAACAUCGGGGCGGCCCUCUUCGCGCUGGGCCUGAUCCUGUCCUUUCAGUGCGCGCAGACGUACGUCGUCGACGCGUACGAGACGUAUGCGGCGAGUGCGACGGGCGCGGCGGCCUUUAUCCGGACCAUGGCCGGCUUUGGCUUCCCGCUGUUCGCGCCGGGCCUGUACGACGCGCUGGGCAUCGCGAGGGGCAACGCGCUGCUGGCGGGCGUCGCGGCCCUCAUCUGCGUGCUCGCGCCGGCCGUCCUGUGGCGAUACGGCGAGCGGAUCAGGGGCAGGAGCCAGUUCUGCGCUGGGUGA